GAACGGACGCAGACGACACAUGCUGUAAUCGUGCUCGUUUAGAGAUAUCGGUAUAUCGCAUUUGCCAGCAAGCCAUCUAACGAUCAGUACUCCAUCCGUCGUAUGCUCAACAAUGGAUCUAAUAAUGAAUACGUUCUUCACAUUUAUCAUCGUCAAUGUUUGCCUUUUAUUUGGAAUUGGAGAAGCCGACUUGACUCGUCGUCGAAGGCCUCGCGCUCUAUGGCAGUUUUCAUCAAUGAUUCAAUGUACAACCGGUCAACCGGCAUGGCAUUAUAACAACUACGGAUGUUGGUGCGGACUAGGGGGAAAGGGGAUACCUGUUGAUGAUGUCGAUAGAUGUUGUCGCCUUCACGACGAAUGUUACGAUGCCUUGGUUCAAGAUCGUGUUUGUACUGAAAUUGGACUGUACAUAUCACCGUAUCUCUAUCAAAGACGACAUUGCGAGUGGGAGAGAGUAGAAGACCGUGAAAUAUCAUGUGGAGAAGGAUCCCCAUGUCGAACAGGGUUGUGCGAAUGUGACCGCGAGGCGGCGCUCUGCAUGGCCAACGCAAGAUUCAACGACACUUUUCGUCACUUCAAAAAGGACUCGUGUGUCCCGUGAUUCAGUGAAGUGACCAAAGCAAGAAGCCCUAUAUUGUGGGCAAAAAUGGACAUAACUUUGAAACUGUGAAAAUACAUCAGACAAGAGUCCGGGCUUGAAAAUGGACCUAACUUUGAAACUAUGAAAACACAUCAGACAACGGAGUCCGGGCUUGAAAAUGGACCUAACUUUGAAACUAUGAAAAUACAUCAGACAAGAGUCCAGGCUCGAAAAUGGACCUAACCUUGAAACUAUGAAAACACAUCAGACAAGAGUCCGGGCUUGAAAAUGGACCUAACUUUGAAACUAUGAAAACACAUGAGAUAAGAGUCCAGGUGGGUGUUUCAUAAAAAUGCUUGUAAGUUAAGAUCGACUUUAAGAACGACUGGUGAUCCUUUCUUGUGGUAAAUGGUAUUGAAUUGGCAUUGUUUAGCGCGUAUAAGAAGGGUUCACCAGUCGUUCAUAAAGUCGCCUUAACUUAAGAACAGCUUUAUGAAACCGCCCCCUGGCUUGAAAAUGGACCUAUGAAAACACACAGCAACCAAUAAUCUAGCCAGAACUCUUCGAGCAGAGUCGCUCAAACUCUUGUCUUCUUUAUAUUGAUUUAGGAUAGUUCUUCAAAAGAAAUGAGUGCGUGUACUUUUGGGUUAUUCCUGAAACUGUUUACUUACUUGUUUGUAGUUGCUCUCUGAGUUUAAAACAAUGAUAUACACAAUAUAAAAUCUGUUUACGUAAUAUCUUACAAAAUAAUCCAUAAUAUAUAAAUA